AUGGCUGCUUCCGCUCUGUUGAAGAGCCGUGUUCGCCGGCCCUCAUACCUGAACAAGCUUGCCAAAGCUGAGGAUCUCAUUGACUUGUUUCCUCAUGGCUCAUACAUUGGUUGGUCUGGGUUCACCGGAGUAGGAUACCCUAAAAUGGUUCCUACAGCUCUGGCAGACCACGUUGAGAAGAACGGCUUGGAGGGUCAAUUGAAGUACACCCUCUUCGUGGGUGCCUCUUCCGGCGCAGAGACUGAGAACCGCUGGGCAAAGCUGAACAUGAUCGAGCGCCGGAGUCCGCAUCAAGUCGGAAAGGAGAUUGCCAAAGGAAUCAAUAACGGCCAGAUCAAGUUCUUUGAUAAACAUCUGAGCAUGUUCCCUUCGGAUUUGGUCUAUGGCUAUUACACCCUAAACAAGCCGACGAAAAACAUCGACGUCGCUGUUAUCGAGGCUUCCGCCAUCACCGAGAAUGGCGGCAUUAUCCCCGGUGCCUCAGUGGGCGCUUCCCCCGAACUGAUCCAGAUGGCCGAUAAGAUUAUUAUCGAGGUGAACACUGCCAGCCCGUCAUUCGAGGGCCUGCACGAUAUUGUAGGCAGUGACCUACCGCCGGGACGGAAGCCGUACCUGGUCAUGGCGCCGGAAGACCGCAUCGGUCUCCCUUACAUCCCUGUCGACCCGGAAAAGGUCGUCGCAGUCGUCGAGUCCAACUACGCGGAUCAGACGCAGCCCAACAGCCCAGAAGACGAAGGUUCGCAAGCCAUCGCCUCCCACAUCAUUGAUUUCCUCAAGCAUGAAGUCAACCACGGCCGUCUGCCCAAGAACCUCCUCCCCAUCCAGUCCGGUAUCGGCAACAUCGCCAACGCCGUCGUCGGCGGUCUAAGCAAGGGAAAUGCCGACUUCAAAAACCUAAAGGUCUGGACCGAAGUGCUGCAGGACUCCUUCCUGGACCUCUUCGACAGCGGAAACCUCGACUUCGCAACCGCCACCUCCAUCCGCUUUUCGCCCGAUGGCUUCAAGCGCUUCUACGACAACUGGGACCGAUACGCCGACAAGCUGCUCCUCCGCUCGCAGCAAGUCUCCAACUCUCCCGAGAUUAUCCGCCGCCUCGGCGUCAUCGGCAUGAACACCCCCGUCGAAGUCGACAUCUACGCCCACGCCAACAGCACCUGCGUCAUGGGCUCGCGUAUGCUGAACGGACUCGGUGGCUCAGCUGACUUCCUCCGUAACUCCAAAUACAGUAUCAUGCACACCCCCAGUGCACGACCCAGCAAGCUCGACCCGACCGGUGUCAGCUGUAUCGUUCCGUUCGCCACUCACAUCGAUCAGACCGAGCACGAUCUCGACGUCGUCGUUACCGAGCAGGGUCUUGCUGAUGUCCGUGGUCUCUCCCCGCGUGAGCGCGCCCGUGUCAUUAUCGACAAGUGCGCGCACCCCGAGUACAAGCCUAUUCUGACCGACUACCUUGAUCGUGCGGAGUUCGAGUGUUUGCGCAAGGGUAUGGGCCAUGAGCCUCAUCUUUUGUUCCAGGCUUUCAAGAUGCACCAGAAUUUGCAAGAGAAGGGUACCAUGAAGAUUAACUCUUGGGAGUAA